GGGAAAGAGGUUCCCCUUUUCGGUUGCUUCACGCACGCCGCCACCGCAUGGAAUGACCAGCGUGCGCUCCCAAGUUCUCAACGCGACUCACGAGGAUAUCCCGGCCCAGCGAAGCAAAGGGAAUCCUCUUCCUUCCUGCCAGCUGAGCUGCCACCGCCCGCAUCUCCAGCCUAGCUUCGCCGCCGCCGUGAAGCUCGCUGUGUCCAGCCCCCGGCAGCUUGCCUGCCUUCCCACAGAUCGUUGCUGACAAUGUGGGGUGAUAAGACUCAUCACAAGCAUGGGCAUCAUGCUCAUGGACAUGGUCCUUCUGGAAGUUCCAAGGAGAAAAUCUGGGACAAACGGCAACCCAAGUUUAUAGCAGACAAUUAUAGCACAGUGGAUGAGGUCAUUGCUGCAUUAAGAGAAGCUGGUCUUGAAUCAUCAAAUCUAAUUCUUGGCAUUGACUUCACCAAAAGCAAUGAAUGGUCAGGUAGAUAUUCCUUUAGAAGAAAAUCUCUCCAUGCCAUUAAUGGCACCCCAAAUCCAUACGAGCAAGCCAUUUCUAUAAUUGGGCGAACACUAUCACCUUUUGAUGAUGAUAACUUGAUACCAUGUUUUGGAUUUGGCGAUGCUUCUACACAUGACCACUCCGUCUUCAGCUUUUUCAAAGAUAACCGCCCUUGCCGUGGAUUUGAGGAGGUUCUUGAAAGAUACAGACAAAUUGUUCCACAUUUGAACCUUUCGGGGCCAACUUCUUUUGCACCUCUUAUUCAUGCGGCAAUGUCUGUUGUUGAAAACAGUAAUUGGCAAUAUCAUGUCCUUGUCAUCAUAGCCGAUGGACAGGUGACCAACACAAAUUCAGGUGACGGAAGAUUAAGCCCACAAGAACAUGCAACUAUACAAGCAAUUGUUGAUGCUAGCUUCUAUCCUCUUUCAAUUGUGAUGGUGGGAGUGGGCGAUGGACCAUGGGAUGCAAUGCAGCAUUUUGAUGACUGUAUUCCUGACAGAGCUUUUGACAAUUUCCAGUUUGUGAACUUUACUGAUAUCAUGUCAACAAGCAAGGAUAUGUCAAAGAAGGAGGCGGCAUUUGCCCUGGCAGCUCUUAUGGAAAUGCCCACCCAAUAUAAAGCAACCCAAGGCAUCCGACCUCCAGAAAAGCACACACAAAUGACGGACCGUCCGAUGAUUCUUCCUCCUCCAAACAAAGUUCUUGAACACGAUAAUGCUGCAGCUUCACAUCCUCCAACUGCAACCUCCCGGUCAGCCGGUGCUGACAAGAAUGCUUCAGAUGAACAGGUAUGUCCAAUCUGCUUAACGAAUCCAAAGGACAUGGCUUUCCAAUGUGGUCAUCUGACAUGCAAGGAAUGUGGUCCAACGCUAUCAACAUGCCCCAUGUGCCGUGCGCCGAUUACUGUUCGUGUAAGGCUCUACUCUUAAGACGAUAUGUCGUUUCGGAAGAGAGGGAUGAACCACCAUUCCAUCCAAUCCAAUCCAAUCCAAUCCAAUAUGGUGCUGUCAGACAACAAUCAAUAAAGGAGAAACAAGGUUUGAAGGACAAGGCGAUGUGGUUAAAAAACUUUUACCUGUAUGUGUUCAGCACCGUGUUUUAUCGGUGGAUGAGUAAUUCCCAUCAACCGUUGCUUGUACAGUUUAUCAGUAGAAUCAUCUUAUAGAAUGUAAUACUAAUAGGAAAGACUGUUUUGUGGUAAAACCUGAAUGCUGAAUACCAGCAACUGUAUAGCAACAUAUUUGUCUCUUCAUGCAACAGACCUGAUAUUUUCCACCAUGUAGCAUUCUGCUGUUUCUUACGCAGAGGUGAGGUGGUUAAUAAACGAUCAAUUUGACCCUUCA